GUCCAGUUUGAGCGUGGUCUAAAAAUAGAACAGGAAGGGAAAAGUUAUCCCGGAAAGGCUUCACUGUAUACACGGCAGUUGUGUCCGGGGGUUGUGUGGGUUUGAACACUCCAUGAAGGUUUCGACACUCCAUGAAGGUUUGGACACAGCACAUCCUCAGGUAUGUCUGUCCCGCCGCCGCGGUGUACCUGGUGGCCACGCAGGUGUGCAGCAGCUUCCUUAAGGCCGGUGAGGCCGAGCGCCAUCAGGGGUGGGGCGGCACGGGGCCCGACACUCCGUCCUGCCGCGCCCUCUUCACCAUCAUGGACGUCGCCCGCCGCCACGCAGCCAACGUCAGCCUCUUCAUACACGACCUUCAAGGGUACUCGCCUCCUCACAAGCUCAGUGGAGACUGGAGGGCGCGGGCACCCCCCGGCCACGGCCCCAGCGCUGGCCCAGGCUCUGGGAGCACCGCCACGGCAGCUGGGGCGGUGCGGCAGCUGCUAGUAAAAAGAAACUCACCGUCAGGAGCGUACACGGCAGACUACUUACCGCUGGCCGCCCUCCUUCCAUCCGUGCUGGCCCGCCAGGCAGGGGGUGAGGGAAGCGCCCCGACGGUUACCGCCACCACCACCACCAGGAUCGGCGCCGCCGGUGGGCUGCUGCCCUACGUGCCGUGCCUAAUAGCUACCUAUGCUGACCCCGCCUCCGCCACCGCCUGCUUCAGGGAGAGGCUGAGAAAGGAUGACUCCUUAUGGAUCUUCUUCAUGGGAGACUCUAAGAUUAGGUUUCUCUUUUAUGAGUUUCUCGCCAGAACAAACGAUGAGCUCCACUACUCGGUCAAAUUUCCCAACGGCAGCAGCUUCACCUUGCAGCAGAGCAAAGUCGCGAGUCUCUAUAUCGAUAGAGAAGCUUCCAGCGUGGAGCUGCCUGGACUGCGUGUAUAUUUCCAGUAAGUGUUGAGAGGUGCAGGACACCAGGC